CGGAGCAAGUUGCGAUCGCGCAACCCUUUCGGACGCGAUUGCGGGAUGGGCUGCCUCGUGCGUGCGCUGCAUUUACAAUUGCAAUCGCGUUCUUGCCUACGCACCAGCACCAGGGUAGAAAGCUACGCAUGGGGAGGGAAGCGUACAGCGGCAGAAGAAAACAUAUUUGUUUUCGUUGCUCUCCAGCACACACUUCAACGCAGGACGGCACGGCUGCAAACACCCAGUGUUGGAAGAUCUUUCACCCUUGCUGCGAUUCUGUUUCCCUUCGGACGAACAAGGCGAGCGAGCAGAGCGAGCGAAGGGAACAAGGCAAACAGCAGACGAAUGCGUCAAAGAACAGAUUAUAUUUUUAGUCACUCUCUGCCGCUUUGCGUGUGAGUGUAUGUGCUCAUUAUUCUGCUCCGUGCGGAAGAAGCAGCACGCGCAAACUGUAGGCAAACGACGCAGGCGGCACAAACGGCACCAGCAUUCUGAUAAGUUCGUCUUCGCGCCCGCACCGCGGAGUCCGCGCGUUUUCGUUCGACGGUAAACGUCCGGUUGCAUUGCUCCUCCGGUGUCCGCCCAGAGCAGAAUAAAUCAUUCGCCCCUCGGGACUGCAGGGGCGACAAAUUUCGACGAUCCAUCGAUCGAUUGAAAGUGCGGGGGUUAAAGACGGAGUGGUCCGGAAAUCGGUGUACAGGAAGCAGACCGUAGGCUGCACAGUCUCUGAAAGCCGAUACCCGAUCGCGAGUUAUUCCGUCAGUCUGCUGACGGGCGGGACCGGUACAGGACGUGUUCGUUUUUCGGUGGCUUUUGAACUCACUCAUUCUUAACUCUCUCCGAACGGUGUGGAGAGAUUGCCAAGAGUGUUUGCUCUAGUGGGUUUGAAACCGCUCGAACCAUCUAGCAAAAACGAUGCUUUAUCUAAAGAUUAUAGUGACGGGAGCUGCACUGUUGGUGGUCAUCCUGUCAACCGCAACCGUUGAUGCUGCCUGCUCGAAAACGAACGUAAAAACGCGAGUUGAGAUCAAGAAUGGUAAGCGCGUGACGGUGAUCGAUCAACCAUGCUGCAAGGGCUACAAACGGGUGAAGCUGCGCUGCGUACCGAUCUGUUCGCUGCCCUGUGAAAACUCCAAAUGCACUGCACCGGAUGUCUGUACCUGCAAUGCUGGCUACGAGCGGCUUUCGAACCAUCGAUGCAUUCCUCACUGCGACGAUUGUGAUAAUGGAAUCUGCACGAAGCCUGGGUACUGCCAGUGCCAUACGGGUUACACCCGUUCUGACAAUGGCACGUGCGUGCCGGAGUGUAACAACUGCGUGAACGGGUUCUGUUCCCUACCAGACGCGUGCCAGUGCUAUGAAGGGUACCAGCUUCAGGAACGUAAUGACGCCACACGCUACUGUGAACCGGUCUGUGAGGGAGGCUGUCUGCAUGGGCAGUGUGUCGCACCGGAUGAGUGUCUCUGCGGGGAUGGAUACACCUUAUCGCCGUUCGGAGAGUGUGUUCGGCCAACCACACCACCUCCGCGCUGUCCGGAAGGAUACGUGGACGAUGGCAUUGCCUGUAGUCCGAUCUGUUCCGAACCGUGUUGGAAUGGAACGUGCGUUGGGCCGGAUGAGUGUGAAUGCUUUCCUGGACAUUCGUCCGAAAAUUCGACCUCCCCGUUCGUGUGUCAACCGGUGUGUAAUGGAAGCUGUGCGAAUGGUGACUGCAUUGCGCCCGGGGUAUGCAUCUGUCACGCACAGUACGGCAAGAUUGGGGACGAGUGUAUACCGCUGUGUGACCGGUGCUCCCUCGGGCAUUGUGUGCAGCCGAAUGUGUGCGUUUGUGAUCGGGGAUACCGGUUGAUCGAUGGUGACUGUGAACCGAUCUGCGAGACGGAGUGCAUCAAUGCGAUCUGCACGGGACCGAAUGCGUGCACCUGCCUGCCGGGGUACAACUAUACGGACAUUAAUGCACUAUUCGACUGUUUGCCGGUCUGUGAUGAGGAGUGCAUUAAUGGGCGGUGUGUGGCACCGCAGCGGUGUGAGUGCAAUGAAGGAUACAUACGGGACGAAGAGAACGCCUGCAUCCACCCGGACGACCUGUGCCGCAUGAAGUGCACCAACGGACAGUGCCACGGUGCCGAAUGUGUCUGCGAUGCCGGCUACAUAAAGCAUCCUACCGAUGGGCAUUGCGAGAAAACCUGCCCGAACGGUUGUACGAACGGCGAUUGCAACGGAGGCGAGUGCUUCUGUCACGAAGGCUUCCGUCUGUCGCUGGACAAUGUGUCCGUGUGUGAACCGAUCUGUGGUGAAGAUUACGAUUACAGCAGUGCCGGUUGCAUCAAUGGCCGGUGCAUUCGGCCGAACGUGUGCCAGUGUGACGAAGGGUACGAGUUUGUCGAUGCAAACCAGACGCGCUGCGAAUCGGUGGAAGAGAUCGCUCGCCAACGGUUGGCCCAGGAACGGAUGGCAGAAUGUCGACGGAGCUGUCGGAAUGGUAAAUGCCGUGCGGGCGAGUGUCGGUGCAACGAAGGGUAUGCUCAGCCGGAAGGAAACACGCUCAGCUGUAAGGCGGUAUGUGUGGAACCGUGUCGGAACGGGACCUGCGUGCGACCGAACCAGUGCGAAUGUAAGCCUGGAUUUGUGUUUGUCGAGGGAAACGCAAACCACUGCAGAUCGGAGGAAGACCUGGCGAGGGAAGCAUACGAGCGGUGUACGGGGCGCUGUCGAAAUGGCGUUUGCCACGGUGACCAAUGCUUCUGUAUGCUGGGCUAUACGCCGUCCGAUCUCGAUCCUUACGACUGUCAGCCGGUUUGUGAGCGACCGUGUGUCAAUGGAACGUGCGCCGGAAACGAUCGAUGCCAUUGCUGGGAAGGUUACGAGAAGACGGGAGAGGACGAUCAUGCCUGUGAACCGAUCUGCACGUCGGAAUGUGUCAAUGCAGAUUGUGUCGCUCCGGACCAGUGCGCAUGUCGCGGUGGGUACAUUCCUUUGGGAGAGGGCAGCAGCACCUGUGUGAAGGAGGAAACUCCCGAGGAACGAUCGGCACGGCUCCGACAGGUGGCCUGCGAACGAGAAUGCACCAACGGUUGGUGCGAACAGGGCGAAUGUCGCUGUGUGGAAGGGUUCUAUCACGAAAACGGUAACACGUUGCGCUGUGAGCCGUACUGUGCGCAAUCGUGUGAGAUGGGCCGCUGUAUCGGAAAUGAUACGUGUGAGUGUCUCGCACGCCACGAGCUCGUCGAGCAGUACGUCUGUGGGCCAGUCUGUAGUGAAGAGUGCGUAAGAGGGUACUGCGCAGCGCCGGAUGUUUGUCGCUGUCACGAUGGGUACGCAAUGGUGAACGGGUCCAGUAACGCGUGCGAACCGAUCUGUGGUGAGGACGGCUGCAUCAAUGGUGUUUGUGUGGGGCCAAAUGAGUGCAUCUGUCUGGAUGGGUACUAUCAGGAUCAGGACGACCCGUUACUGUGUCAUCGAGAGAUCAGCGUUAUUCAACAACUGCACGAACCAAGUCACAGCAGUUCCGGUGGAGAGUACUACAAGAUGUCCUACAUCCACUACUUCAUCCCGGUGAUCGCGUCCGUCGCACUGAUCGUGGCCGUGCUGAUCGUAAAGAUGAUCGUGCGCAACCGCCAGAAGGACUAUCACGUCGGCAAGCUCGGUAAUGCAGAGCGCGCGGGGCGCAAGCCGGGGCGGGCGAACAGACGCAAGGGGCAGUCAAACCGUACCACCGAUUAUAACGAUUACAAUCUGGUCGUUCUCUUCCCUACAGAGAGCAAGGAAAACUGUGUCUACUUCAUGCCGAAGCCGGACUCCAAGACGAACGAGCUGACCAAAUUGAAUCUCGAAAUUGAAACCAUCUGAACACACCUAAAAUAUUCGUAAAACCCCCUUUUUUUGCUCAAACACACACACGCACAAACACACACAUACACACACAUCCAGCUGGGACACUUUCCUUGGACGGCGAGACACGCAUCGGUUUUCCAGUUUUGUUUGCCUCUGUAAAUAUGUGCCACACCAUGUCGCUUCCUAGGAAGUGGCUGCAAUCUCUUUUAGUAUUUAGAACGAACUGGAGCGGUUAGCGAAAUUAAUGAUAAGAAUGCGUAUGCUUGGGGAGGAAAUAAAUCAAACCUUUUCUAAUGGCUCACACACAAACACGAAAAAGAGAAUUUAAUGUGAGCGUUAUCACUGCAUUGUUGAAAUCGAGACAAAACAAAUGUAAGAUUAUUUAGGAUGAGUUUUUUUUUUUUUGUUUUUAUUCUGUUCCGUUCACCGUAAGUUUAAUAAAUAAUCCUAGAAACUCACCACCCCAGCGCCCUGCGGUGAUCAAUCGGC